ACUUCUAUAGAUUACAUUCUCCAAUACCAAGAGACUUAUUAGCUUAUAUUCUUACACACACACACACACACACACACACACACACACACACACACACACACACACCAACUGCCCCCUCAACACACUCUACAAAGAGGAAGAAAAAGGAGAAGAGAAGGAGGAGGAGGGGAGAAGCCUUGCGUCCUACCCUGUAGAAGAUCUCAGCAUCCUGACACCUCUGAAGUAACUUCCAACAACGUUCACCCAUAAUUUGAGAAAUGGUGAAUGAGUACAAGAAAAUUGUUCUUCUGGUAGGACUAAUGGGUAUCAGCGAUGACGAUUUUAAAAUGGUUAAAUCCUUGCUAAGCAAAGAACUAAAACUAAAUAGAAAGAUGCAAGAUGAUUAUGACAGAAUUAAGAUUGCUGACUUGAUGGAGGACAAGUUCCCAAAAGAUGCUGGAAUGGACCAACUGAUAGACCUGUAUAAAGAGAUGCCAGGACUUGGAGACCUUGCUAAUAAACUCAAAAAAGAGAAGGCAAAAGCUAAAAGGAAACAGAUAGAAAGACGCAGGAUUCCAACAAGAGGAUGCAAGCAAGAUGAAGCCAAUACUUCCCAACCUAUGUCCACCACAAAUGAAGAUUCAGAACCAGAAUUGGGCAGGAGUACAUCCAACUCACAGGCUCCUCAGUUAUCUCUAGCAACUGCUUCUAUCAGGGACCAAGCUACUCAAGUAUCUCCAGUAACAGCAUCCAGCAGUGUCCAGGUCCCUGAAGUAUCUCCAUUAACAGCAUCCAACAGUGUCCAGGUCCCUGAAGUAUCUCCAGCAACAUCACCCAGACAUACCCAACCCCCUGGAGUGUCUCUAACAAAAGCAUCCAGCAGUGCCCAGGCCCCUGGAGUGUCUCGAACAACAGCACCCAGCAGUGCCCAGGCCCCUGGAGUCAGUGCCCAGGCCCCUGGAGUGUCUCGAACAACAGCACCCAGCAGUGCCCAGGCCCCUGGAGUGUCCCCAGAAAUACCAGUCAAGAAACCAAGACUGAAGACUGUACCUAAGCAACCAUCUGAGGAAGAGGGUCACCAUCAAGGUCCCAAAAAAGUAAUGGUGUUAAAAGCAACAGAACCAUUCACAUAUGACAAUAGAGGGGAGAGAUGGAUGUUCCAUGCCACAGUGGCCACUGAGACUGAAUUCUUUAGGGUGAAGGUGUUUGAUAUUGACCUGAAGGAGAAGUUCAUCCCAAACAAUGUCAUUACCAUCUCAGAUUAUGUUGGUCGAAAUGGGUUCAUAAAUAUACAUAGUGCCUCUAGUGUGUCAGAGGUAAAUGAUAACCAAUUAAUGAAUAUCCCAACUACACUGAGGCAAAGAGCCAAUGCAACACCUAAAAUCAAUGAUCUUUACUCACAAAGAAGAGGAAUAUUUGUGAAUGGAGUGUUUAUGGUGUCUAAGAAAAAUGAAAGGGAGGACUUCAUUUACUAUGAAAUUCAAGAUAAUACAGGGGUGAUGGAAGUGGUGGUCUAUGGACGACUGACGAGUGUUGACUGUAAUCCAGGAGAUAAACUUAGACUCUGGUGCUUUGAAUUGACAUCAAACGAGGAUAGAGUGCAGCUGAGAUCUACGAGGCACAGUAACAUGAAGGUCAUCAAGGCUGGGAGAGGAGAAACAACCUGCUUCCUUUAUGGAACUUCAUGAAUUCUCAUUAUGGAGACUUGGACACUUCUGAUGUUUACAGAGAUAAGAUCCAGUUCCAAUUACAGAAAAUGAUCAUACUUAUAACAGAUAAAAGUCAAUUCUUUGCUUUUUUUAUCUUAUUCUUCUUACAUUUUUAAUUACAUAAUUUGAUUUUAUAAUGCUUAUACUUUAAAAGGAAAAAAAACUGUUAAUCUGAAUCAAGUACUUCUACAAACUAUUCCAUUUGUUAUUUGCUUUAAAAUUGGGUCUGCACCUGAUCCCUCCUAUUCCCAUUCCUACCCCCCCAUCGAGACCCCUCCCCCGUCCACUAGCUCCACCAGAUAUUUCUAUUCUAUUUUCCCUUCACAAUGAGAUUCAUGUGUUCCCCCUUGAGCUUUCCUUGAUACUUGGCUUCUCUGGGUCUGUGGAUUAUAGCAUGGUUAUCCUGUACUUUAUAGCUAGUAGGGUAAUAUCCACUUGUAAGUGAGUAUAUACCAUGUUUGUCUUUCUGAGUCUGGGUUAUCUCACUCAGGAUGAUCUUUUCUAAUUCCACUCAUUUGCUAAAAAAAUUUCAUGGUGUCAUU